GCUUGUUGUGUUUCCGAAUGCUUUAAUGGAUCAAGUACAGUGUACAAACGAUGAAGCAACUGCAAGCAAGGCACAUUCCAUUCGGAGAGGUUAUUGGGUUGACCCAUACACGAAAUAUUUCUGUCCAAUACCUUCCGCAGCCACCCCUGAAAUAAGUCGGGGCUACUUUGUUCGUGUGCAGACAUUUGAAGCAAUGACAAGGCGGUUUAUUCAGGCAUGCCCUGUUGACUCUCCUGCCUUCGCUUACGCUGAUUUUAAUGGCCAAUGCCAUGUCGUAAACCUAGGUGCCGGCUCCGACACCCUUUUCUUUCGUCUAAAGAGUGCGGGAGUCCUUCCCAAAGCUUUUGUUGAAGUUGAUCUUCCCGGAAACGUAAAGAAGAAAAUUAUUACCUUGAGGAGUUGGCACCGACUGGAGGGUUCGCUGAAAACCGAUCUUAUUUCAUUCGAAACUCCUCCCUUAGAUGCUCCUCCGCAGUCCGGCUUCACAGUGGCCACGCCAGAUUCCUACCGAAGUUUGAACGCCGCCCCUUACUUUCUCCUGAAUCAUGACCUGCGACUUCCACCUGCCAGCCUCAUUGAGGAAUUGUGUACCUCGGAGGCGGGACCAAAGCUCUCACCCGAGCUCCCCACCCUCUUCCUGGCCGAAUGUGUUCUCGUCUACAUACCGACAGCCUCCUCAGAAGCUUUAAUCAAAACUCUUGCAAGUCACUUUACAAGCGCCGCCUUUAUAAACUACGAACAGGUCAAUAUGAACGACAAAUUUGGUGAAAUUAUGGUCCGCAGUUUCCGCGACAGAUCCUGUGAAUUGCCCGGACUUUCGGCCUGUGGAUCUAUAGAUGACCAAAAACAGCGGUAA